AUGCUCGACUUAACACCCGAGAAGAAGCUGGGAUUAAAGUGCUUCUGGGCAUGCUGGCUUACUAAAUGCGCUAGCUUGGAGAAUUCAAGGUUCUACAUCGACUGCUGGGCCAGUAUCGAGGGCCGACAACUCCCCGCCGACAACGAUGACACAAGCAAAGGACCCCCCUAUUAUUUAGACAAGACUGGAACUCUUGUGUCGACUGGGGAAAGCGCUGAACUAAGUUUCAACUCUGUCUUGAUCAUGGUCCAAGGGCUAUGGUGGGAAGUACAGCAGUUUGUAAAAUUGAUUCACGGGCAUCAGGGCAGUCAGUCAGAAUGGGCCUCAAAAUACUGCUCCCUGGACCAAAGACUGCAGGAUCUCCCCAGCCACCUAGGCAGCUGGAAGCAGAAUGUCUUGACUUGUGACCCAAUGAUGGCGCCACCCGCCGAGUUGACCCGUGUGCUUUCUCUCAGGAGUAUCUAUGAACUAUGCCUUGUGUAUCUGUACUCUUCUGUAGUUCCUGCUCUGUCUUGCCGCACAGAGACGCCGCGCUUCUCGCAGCCAAUGCUACAGCACGCGGCCGAACAGGCUUAUGAGCAUUCUUUGAGAAUAACCAACAUGGCCGAGCAGUAUUUAUCGUCGAGAGCAUCUGUUUCGAAGCUAUGGCCUAUUGUUGGGUACAGUGCCUAUGUGUGCGCUGCCGUCCAACUGCGUCGGUGCCUUGCUAUUGGCUCACUUGACCAAGCGUGGUAUGACCGCAAUAAAACAAAUCUCCAAAUCACGGGCGAGCUCGGGAGAUACUGGAUGACUUUACAACCACUCUUCUUCCAUGCUCAAAGACUUACACACUGUCGAUCAGUAGCUCUGCCACGGUGUGAUUUGGGAUCUACACCAGAUGUAGCUUACUCGACUGACGGUCAGGUCACUGAUAAGCCUGCGGAACUUUCAACUCGCAUCCGUAUCUACGCCGCAAGCAACGAUGACGUACCAGGCUCAGGUGUGCAGGAAGGGCAAUCUACCGCGGACGGGGUGAUGGAGACACCACCAGUCUCAGACGCUCAGAACGCUUCUGUUCCCUCAUCAGAGUUCUCGGGUCCCAGAAUUUCCACAACCACGCAUCAGCCGUCAACGAGUUCCAAUAUUGUGUUGAAAGAGAAUUCUGUGGAUAGAAUGCCUACGGGUAGCAGUUGGGAGUUGAGAGUUGAGCCUAUAUGGUGGAACCAAGGUCCUGAGAUGCUAGGUGAUAUAUUCAGUAAUAACUUCUUUCUCCCGGACAGCGUAGGCUAUUCUAUGGAUAUGUGCUAG